AUGGCCACGGGCUCCAUGCUCCCCGCGCGCAACCAGGAGGCGGCGGCUGCAGCCAGCGGCACCUACAGCUACUGCAGCCGCCCCCGGGCCCUGCCCGCCCGGCGGAGAUACCGGGGAGCCCCGGGACACAGCGAGCAAGAGGAAGAACCUGUUCGCUAUGCGAACCUCAUGUACGAUAGGAGAGUGGUACGAGGCAACACUUAUGCCCUUCAUGCAUUACCUUGGACUGCUCAGCCUGACCCUCUUGAGAUCCAAAGACAGCGAGAGGCUCACAGGAAAGCACUUGCCAGAAAACGAGCAAAAGAGCAGCUUCAGUCAAGAACUCCAGAGCCUGUAGAGGGCAGAAAGCAUGUUGAUGUGCAGACAGAGUUGUAUCUGGAAGAGCUUGGUGACCGCAUAAUAGAGGUUGAUGUGGAGUGUCAAACAGAUGCUUUUCUGGACAGACCACCUACUCCACUCUUCAUCCCAGCCAAAACAGGGAGAGAUGUGGCCACACAGAUAGAAGAAGGAGAGCUCUUUGACUUUGACAUUGAAGUCAAACCAAUGCUAGAAGUUUUGAUUGGAAAAAUCAUUGAACAAGCUUUGCUAGAAGUCAUGGAAGAAGAGGAGCUGGCCAAUCUGCGGGCACAUCAGUAUGCAUAUGAGGAACUACGCAAUGCCGAGCUCGCUGAAGUACAACGCCUUGAGGAGCAAGAGAGGCGACACAGAGAAGAAAAGGAACGUCGCAAAAAUCAACAGUCACAAUUGCUUCAAAAGCAGAAGGAGACUUCAGAGAAAAUUGCAGCAAGGGCAUUUGCUCAGCGUUACCUGGCUGAUCUCAUUCCUUCAGUCUUUAGUAGUCUUCGUGAGAGUGGAUAUUUCUAUGAUCCUGUAGAAAGAGACGUUGAGAAAGAAUUCCUUCCAUGGGUGAUGGCAGAAGUAGAUAAGACAUUGGAGAAGAAGAUUCUGGGAAGGGCAGUGCUUGACACAUUGAUUCGUGAGGUGGUUGAAAAGAGGUUAGAUGCAUUUGAUCAGCCAGAAGCAUCUGGUCAGCCUGCUGGGCAAACAGAAGCAUCUCAUCGAGGCUCCGUUCAGAUAGAAGCAUUACAUCAAACAGAAACUCGGGAGCCUGAAGCUAAGUGA